GCGUGGUCCUGCCCCCGCUCGACGCGGUUUCAUUUUCGACCGCCGUUUGCAAUCAUUCACCCAAAACUCUCUCACGAUGACUGCCAUUUUCUCUCCUCUUUCUCUUCGUAUUGCCGCAGUUCUGUGGAUUGCGGCAACCUCCACCAUGGGGUGUGUCUCUACUGCACCUCCCUCAAGCACGCGCUAUGGAAGCCAUGAAACCUCUUCCGAGUCGAGGAGUCGUGGGCCUCCGGGGCAAGCCAACCGGCAGAGCAAGCCAGGCGACUUCAAAGACCGAGAGCUGGAGAAACUCCUCGCCCACGGGAAGGAACUGCCUGAGUCCGUUGCCGAGUUGCACUUGCGCGUCCUUGAGCCAUCGCAUGAAGACUCGCUGAACUUGCAAGGGCGACGGCGCACUGAGUUGAUAAAACCGGCGCAGCAAAGCACUACUGGUGCGAUCAACUCCCGCGAGACUGCGCUUCAGCGAAUCCUCCGCAAACGGCGCAAAUGUGUUUCCGCUCCGCCGUCAAGCACGCGCGGUGGAAGACGCGCAAUGUCGUCGACGGCACUUUCGAGGAGUCGUGAGCAUCGAGCACAAGGCGGCAAGAUCUCGUCGGCAGUUUCGAUGAGGGGUAAGCAUUGGGCUCGGAUGAAGCUAACGGAGAGUGAGGAAAAUGAUAUCCUCAGGCUGGCCGAAAGCAAGGAACUGCCCGAGUCCAUUGCGCGGCGGUUCUUGCGAGUCCUCCAGACAUCGGUGAGGCUCAAUGAGAGAGAGGUAGAGCAUAUCCUCAUUCUGGCACAAAACAAGGGUUUGCCCCAGUCCAUUGUGGCGUUGUUCUUGAGAGUCCUCGAGACAUUGGCGAGCGACUCUGUCCAGUUUCGAACGGGGAGGCGAGGCUCUAGUGGGGUGGGCUUUACGUACAAGGCGAUUCAGGAAACCGCAACCGAAGGUGGAGAGCCGCACGCUCGCGUCCUCCAGUCUACGAGUUACAACGGUCCGUUCGGGUUCGUAGACCGCGACGUGCUGACUUUUCGAGGCAAUCUUCUUUUCCCUUCCUCCCAGAGUAAUUACCCAGACGGAAACAUCUACGUCGUGCAGCCGUCCAGUGUGGACGAAUCGAUUUACUUCCUGUCGUACGAUGGCGUGUGGAGCUUGCCUACCGGCUCAAGCUCGUACGGUGUUGGCGCGGUCAGACGGGUUUAUGGCUCCGUAGGCGAUGAUCGAGCUUUCACGAUCGUGGAUAUGGACAGGUACUUGUACCGUGGUGAAGGGAGAUUCCUUCUGGUGGCCAACGCCCGUGAUGACACCCUGCGAACUUUCAGUUUAAACUCGUACGAUCCGCCUUUCCCUAUCACUCAUAUGAUGGGCUUCAACUCUCACGUUCUUAGCCUUGCCGCUGAUCCGUCACGGCCUUACGUUUACUUUUCAACGGAUCAUGGGCUCUACAAGAUGUAUCUCCCCUCUUCCGGAGUUGGCACAGUAGUUCCUCUCAUCGAUGAAGCGUCGGCCGUUGGGCCGGUUCAAGCCAGCAUCCCCGGGGACGCGGGUUUCAAUGAGGUUCGCGUGAGCCAGCAUGCCUUCUCCGCUGACGGGCAGUUCAUGUACGUUGCGGACAAAAUCGGCGACGCCGUCUACCGCGUUUGGUUUGCGAGCGGAAGGGUGGAGAAUAUCGGUAGUGGUUAUGUUGAUGUGGACGUGGACGGCCCCUAUGGAUUAGCGUUAACGUCGGACGGUUGUAACCUGUUCGUGUCAGAGUAUAUAACAGGGAGGAUCACGCUAAUCAGCUUCGAACGCAGCGGUGGCCUCGUGAAGAGCGUCCGAACACUCGCAGGUGCGAGCAGCUAUCGCUAUACAUACAGUUCAAGCUUGGACCUUUUCGGUUUGGCGAUCUCCCCAGGUGGCUCGUAUCUAUACGUCGGAGCGUACGAGGCGAUCUACAAGUUCGAAAUAGACACUUGGGACUUGCCCUCGUGCUCUGCAAUCUCAUCUACGCCUCGAUCCGUUCCUCCUACGAUCAGACCCAUCAUUUCUUCUAUCUCUCCCCCUCCCGUAAUCUCUGUGCCGCAACGUAGCGGUAACAUCUUUCCUCCGGGCGAUGAUGAACCCACUUUUCCUUCUAGGUCAACCACCACUCCUACCCGUAAUUCUACUCCGCCGCUCCCUCCCGACGCUCCUUCCCCUAUUUCUUUUAGCUAUCCACCGCCCUCCACGUCUACGCCGCCACCACCCUUUAUCUCAAAUUCGUCCUCUGCUGCUAUCAGCAGCUCCAGCCCCCCUGCUGCUAAGAAGCAAACCGAUCUCACACCCGUUGUCAUCGCUCUCGCCGUCGUUUUGCCCGUCGUAGGAGCCGCGCUCGGCGUAUUACUGGUCUGGUGUCUAUGCGGCAUACAGCGGCGGCGGCGAGAGGCAGAGUCACGAGCAAUCGAUAGGCCCGUGCAGUCAAUCGGUACCAUAGAUGCCCGGGCAGGAUCGCAGCAGAUCGAGCCUGUGGCUUUCACAAACAAUCCGACGGGUGCGGGGAACUGGUGGCAAGGACCAGCCGGAGAAGGGACGUUGGCAAACAAUCGUCUUGACGCUAUUGCUGCGUAGGGUUCGCUUUCCUUUUUCCUCAAAAAAUCGGCCCGGGUGCAGAAUGAGACAACUCAAGCAGGUUCCCAUCGCGGACCAUCGUGAUGGAGACGGUUUGGACAGGGGGAUGAAUAAACUGGGAGGCGUCAUGUCAUCUGUCAAUGAAGCGGACAAUAAACC